CCUCCCGCGCGCCCCUCUGGAGCCCAUUAGGCGGCCGGGGCCGCCCCGCGCCUCCGCGCAGCCCGCCCUCCCCUCGGUCGGCGGCGGGCCCGCUCCGAGCGCCCGCUGCCCCGUCCGGAUGCCCCGUCCGUGGGCUCGCCCUUUGGGGACAGGCGCUCCCCGUCGGCGCCGGCGCCCCCUUGAAGCCUCCGGGAGACUCCGAGGGAGACGGCGAGACGAGCCUCGUCUUUCUGAGCUUGUUGAGACGGGAGUGAGGUCCUUUGGCACUGAAGACCGUCCCACCGAUAGGCCUGCCCCCCCGAGAGAGGAAAUUUAUGAGUACAUCAUUUUCCGGGGAAGUGAUAUCAAAGAUAUUACUGUGUGUGAACCUCCGAAGGCUCAGCACACGCUCCCUCAGGACCCUGCUAUCGUUCAAUCCUCCCUGGGCUCGGGGUCAGCGUCCUCCUUCCAGCCACACGUGCCUUACAGCCCCUUCAGAGGGAUGCCGCCCUACAGCCAGCUGGCCGCCAGCUCCCUGCUUAGCCAGCAGUACGCCGCCUCCUUGGGUCUAGGAACUGGUUUUCCGUCCGUCCCAGUUGGCAAGAGCCCCAUGGUGGAGCAGGCUGUCCAGACUGGUUCUCUUGAUAACUUGAACGCCAAAAAGCUGUUACCCGGCAAGGGCACCGCGGGGAUGCAGCUCAACGGGCGCCCGGCCCAGCCAAGCAGCAAGAUGGCCAGCGAUGUAGUUCAGCCGGCAGCUGUGCAAGCUCCAGGGCAGGUGAACGACGAGAACAGAAGACCUCAGAGGAGGCGAUCAGGGAAUAGACGCACGAGGAAUCGCUCCAGAGGGCAAAACCGCCCGACUAACACCAAGGAAAACACAAUCAAGUUUGAAGGCGACUUUGAUUUUGAGAGUGCAAAUGCCCAGUUUAACCGAGAGGAGCUGGACAAAGAAUUUAAGAAGAAACUGAAUUUUAAAGAUGACAGAGCUGAGAAAGGGGAGGAGAAGGACCCGGCAGUGGUGACCCAGAGUGACGAGGCCCCUGCUGAGGAAGACCACCUGGGGCCCAACUGCUACUAUGACAAAUCCAAGUCCUUCUUUGACAACAUCUCUUCUGAACUCAAGACCAGUUCCAGGCGGACCACGUGGGCUGAAGAGAGGAAGCUCAACACGGAGACCUUUGGGGUGUCAGGAAGGUUUCUUCGUGGCCGUAGUUUCCGGGGUGGAUUUCGAGGGGGCAGGGGCAAUGGUACUACCCGUCGCAACCCAACUUCCCACAGAGCUGGGACUGGCAGGGUGUGAGGAUGCAGCCAAAGGCUCCUGCUUGAAGCAGCACAGAAACGAAGCUGUGUCUACAAGGACAUUGGAAAAGCUGCACUUCCUGGGGGAGACGUGGGUCACUGUUUACUGAGUUUGGAAAAUCCCAUAUUACUACUAAUGUUUUGGACUUAACAGAACUUGGACCUGGUCUGAGUUAGAACCACUUGUUUUGGGGGAAGUAUUCAUGGGUAACCUCUCUGAGGUAUCUUGGCCUAUCUUUCCUCUUUAGUUGCGCACAGCCUAAUUCUAAGGUUUUGGUAUUUGGCAGAAAAGUUUCUAGAGAGAAAGCUUGAUCCUCCCUUUGUGACUUUUUUUGACAGCUUUGACUUUUAAAGUGGAACCAAAUCUCAUUUGGCAAAUGCAGCAGCCCAGCAUAUCUCUGUAACCCAGCUGGCCCCUUGUGCUGCUGGCCUGGCACCCCCGCUGUUGCAGGUGGGGUCUCAGGAGCUGGGCAGAGCCAGCAUGGUGGUGUGUGGGGGCGGGUGGGGAUAGGGCAGGGAAAGUGGGGUGUCCCACAGAUCAUGUUGUAUAAGCAAACCAGACAACCCUGACAUCCGGAGUCCAGAGUGGCAAGGUCAAGGUUGGGGGCUGGCGGGGUGGGGGGACACCUGGAGGCAGGGGAAGGGGCCCUGAACAUGAACUAGGAGCUGUCACUUGGAGCCUGGCUUCCAUAGGAAUUGGGGUUGGGGGUCCAAGGCCAGGACAAGCUCCCCUGUGGCAUCCGUCAUUCCUUUUCUGUCCCUGCCAGCCCCAGACCCUGGCCAGUCAGUGUUGGACUCUGGCCGAACACUGUUCUGUUCGGUGUCUCAUCCACUUGGAAAUGAGCCAGUCUUUUUUGCAAGGUCUGUUGACCGAGAGCGUAUUUCCUCUCAAUUGUAAAUAGUUCUGUGUUUUUGUUUUACAGGUGGGUGGAGGGAGGGUAGGGAAUAUAAAUUGGUUGCAUGAGUCAAUAGGUCAGACCUUUAGUAUAAGCAUGCGUCCCUCUGAUUUACAGGGCAUUGUGUUGAACAUAAGCACCUUGGUAACUAAACCCCUUCCAACAGCUAUAAAGGUCUUAGUUCUGUAUUGAUUAAGUUACUGUAAAAGCUUGGGUUUAUUUUUGUAGGACUUAAUGGCUAAGAAUUAGAACAUAGCAGUGGGGCUGCUCUGUUGGAGUAAUGUAAAUUGGAAUUAUAAAUAAACAUGCAAACCUUUAAAACUUU